AUGUCCCAACGGCUGUGGCUGCUCGUGGAGUGGGUGGACGAGAGGAGCGUCUUCUCGCAUUACGGCGUGGUGAGCGCCGACUCCCUGGUAACCAGCGAAAGUGACCUGCACACCGGAAAACUGGUGUUCAUCAGGAACAAGCAUGGAAACGGUGCCCGCAGAGCGCAGAUCAUGAGGAUAUCUGAUAACAAGAGCUAUGUCAAGGAGCUCAAGGUACUGCUAGAGCGGCAAGAUCAGCAGGUGAAGAACGUUGUCUCGUUAUGUAUGAACACAAUCAAGGAGAUGAAGUCGGGACCGUUGUAUUUAGGUGCGCAAAAUACCAUUCAACAAUCAGCACCAACUCCAAGUGUCUCCGGUACUCCCCAGCAUGCUGGUAACGGUAGUGAUGCUACCUCGGAAAGCGAUCAAGAGACCAACGAACUCAGUUUCAAUAAAUCGGCAAAACCGAAUAAUCAGUACAAAAGCGCGGGAAAUUCAAUGGCGGUGUAUAACAAUCGGUCAGGAACACAGAGCAAGUUUUAUGGCAGACGAUCGAUGUGCAGCAGCACACCGUUGCCAGGGCGACACGUCGAGGACAGCUGUAAGCUAACCUUCGAUCAGAGCACGCAAACAGACGCCGCAAUGUUGCAACCACCGUUGCCGAAAAUCGAGGAAAUGGAGACUGUGCUCCACCGACUCUAUAGGCAAUUCCUCUCGUUGAUAUCCGAGGUGCACGUGGAUGACGCCAUGUCCAUAUUAUCAGAGGUCUCCGAGCUGGAACGAUACGUUCCGGAGAAUACCGUAAACGAAUCGCCCAUUUUGAAGGAUGAAACGCCAACUGAGCCAAAGGUGAACACAACUAAUUCAGGAAUAGAGGACAAAUUGGUUUUAAAGAGUCACCCGAAGGUUCUACAUGUCAGGCGGGCGUCAGCGCACACUACUAUUAGUGGCGAGCCAGUGGAAAACAAUGUAGAUAUGGUACCCAUCGGUAGUGGAAAUGUGCUGGUGCCGACGAGAUUACUUGCAGACUUAGACUGGACAUCGUACACAACUGCAACUAGACAACUAUUACAGGCUGUUUUUCCACGCAGGGUUUUAGCGACUCAUUGCCUCUCUGGCAAACAAUCACCUGCUUUUGCGAACAAACCUCCGAAAAAGCGCCUGGAUCCGAAAUUAGUGGAUGACAUAAUAGACACAGUCUCUGAAAGAUGCGGCGUCCAUAAACGACUCUUGGAUGAAAUAGAUCCACCAGUUGUUGGACAACCAGAAGAAGAAGAAGAAGAACUUUCUUAUCCAAUGUCAUAUGAAGAAAUGUUAGAACAUAGGCAGCAGAUAGCUAAAUUAAGAGCUCAAGAAUCCUAUAAAGCAGCAAAAGCUAAACGGCAAAGUAAAAUUAAAAGUAAAAAGUACCACCGAAUUUUAAAGAAAGACAAACUAAAACAACAAUUAAAGGAGUUUGAAGAACUACAAAGUAAGAAUCCAGAAGAAGCACUAAAGAAAUUGGAAACCCUUGAGAAAGCUAGAGCUUUAGAGAGGCACACACUUCGUCAUAAAAAUACUGGAAAAUGGGCUAAAAGUAAACUAAUUAGAGCAAAGUAUGAUACAGAGGUAAGACAACAGUUAUCGGAGCAGUUGGCAGUCAGUAAAUCCCUUACUCAUAAAACUAUGGAUGCAGAGAGUUCUGAUGAUGAUGUUGAUAAUAAUGAAACCAUUUCUGAUUUGGCUUUAUCACAAGACCCCAAAAACCCUUGGAUGAUGAAAAGACCAGAUAAAUCAAAUAUAGAUGAAGAGUUUGAUUUUGGCUACAAAAAGUAUCUUAAAACAAAAAUGUUGAGAACUAAUGAAGUUAAUGACUCGGGUUCUGACCAUGAUAAUGUAGAGGAAGACAACUCUAAUAUUACAGAAAAUGUAAUUGAUGUUCUGAAAAAAAGUGUUAAUAAAUUAAGUCAAAGAAAUAAUGCAGGCAGAGAAACAAAUACUAAAAUUACAAAAAAUCUUAAGAUUAAAGAGCCAGUGACUAAAAAAAUUAAAAUUUCAAAUGAUAAGAAGCAACAGCAACAAAAAGAAAGUAAAUUAGUUGCUACAUCAAAUUGGAUUGUUGAUCCUGUAAAUGGAAAUCAAGGGGAGGAGAAAAAAAAGCCUUCAGAAGACAUUUCUAACAUGUUUGACUGUUUGGAAAAAAAAGUUGUUGGAAAAGUUCAAAAAAAAAUUAAAAAACUGAAAAAAAAUAUUGAUAAAAUUGAUAAUGCAUCAAAGUCUGCUGGUAAAGUAAAAUUAAAUGCAUCAUAUGAAGAAAAACAUGGUUUGGAAUACUUAAAGUUGAAAAAGCUAAAUCAAAAACCGAUAAUUGAUGAACCAUUACUAGAAACAAGCAGUAAAUCAAAUGUUACAGUAGACCCUAAAACAUUGUCAACAGUAAUUGCGGCAAUGUAUUCGACUGAAGAAUCACCUAGACAAGAAAACACUAAUAUUGAUCCCAGCAGAUUUAUUGAAAUCAAACCAAAAUAUUUAAAUACUCCUUUACCAAAAGAAGUAAAUGAAUAUGAUAACCUAGAUGAUGAUGAACAAGUAGUCCCAAAGAUAGAUAUAGAAGAAGUAUUUGAAGAAGAUGAUGUUGUUGCAAGUUUUAGACAAGAAAAAGAGGAUGAAAUCAACAAAAACAAACCACAAGAUAUAGAUUUGUCUCUACCUGGUUGGGGUCAGUGGGGAGGCAAAGGUGUAAAAGUUUCUAAACGAAAAAGAAAUAGGUUUAUAAUGAAAGCUCCUACAGCUGCACCAAGGCGUGAUGAAAAUAAGGGUAAUAUUAUAAUAAAAGAAUAUAAAGAUCCUAAACUUGCUUCACAUAAAGUUUCAGAUGUACCAUUCCCUUUUAACAGUAUCAAAGAUUAUGAAGCUUCUAUAAGGGUUCCACUUGGCAAUACCUUUAUGCCUGAGAAGGCACAUAAGAAACUCAUUCAACCAAGUGUAAAGACCAAAGCUGGUGCAAUAAUUGAGCCAAUGGAUGAAGAAGAAUUAUUGAUGCCUCGAAAUCGAACAUUUAAUAAUGAAUCUGUUAUUAAAUUAUUGGCUAAAAAA